ACAAAGCCAACAGGCUUAUCCAAUUACAACGGCCGGUGACUUUCCGAGCAUCAAAGCACAAAAAUAUUGUCCACAAAUGGAACGCAUAGCGAAGGUUGCGUCACAGAAGGCAGUGGUGAUAUUCAGCAAGAGCUCCUGCUGCAUGAGCCAUGCAAUUAAGAGACUAUUUUACGACCAAGGCGUGAGCCCGGCCGUGUACGAGCUCGACGAGGACUCCAGAGGAAAAGAAAUCGAAUGGGCCCUUUUACGCCUCGGCUGCAACCCCGCCGUCCCUGCCGUCUUCAUCGGCGGCCGCUUCGUCGGCUCCGCCAAUGCUAUCAUCACCCUCCAUCUCAAUGGCUGCCUCAACAAAUUGCUCAAAGAAGCCGGAGCUCUUUGGCUUUAACAGCUGGAUCAUAUAUUCUCCGACGUAAUAUAUAUACUACAUUUUCCGAUGUAGUUAAUUAGUCGUAUGUAUGUUUUUGUUUUAAGAGUCAAGCUCGUAGAUUUUAGUAGAGUUGACUUUUUUUGCUAGAUGAGCCAAUGAUAAUACGCCAUGUGUUGUAAGAGAAUCAUGCAUGACGUAAGGUUACUACUACUCGACUUCCUUUUUUUCUUUUAAUUUCAUGGGGUUUUUCCAAAGGAAAAAUUCCCUAUAUGAUGCUGAGUUUAUGUAUUAGUAAUUAUCAUUACCACAUAAACUUUAA